CCACUGCUGGCCCUGGACUCUGGUCGUGUGGAGCCUCCACCCUCGCCCUGGGAGGGCACCAGCCUCUCCCUCCCUGCCGCCGGCAGGAGGCGUGGGCAGCAGCUGGGAGAACCGGCUGUGCCCCUCCCCUGGGCCGGCUGGUAGGCACCUGGCACUGGCGGGCGCGGCAGACGCUGCGCACCUGGCCCCGACGCCCGGCUACCUCCUGCCCUGCCCGCCAUGGACGGGCCGCAGCCCCGCGCCCUGUGGAGCUCGUCUGAGAAAAAUGUUUCCGAAAUGAGCUGAACAAGCAGAAACCCAGAAAGGAUAUGAAGCUCUCUCCCCGUCUCACAGUUAGCUGCUGACCUCUCAUCAUCAGCUCUGCCAAGAGCCAGGGUGUGGAGAGAAGAGGAACUCUGACUCCAGGAACCCAUUGCUGUGUGACCUAGACAAGCUUCACUGGGCCUCUCUGCAACUCUCACCCGACCUGACAGCCUCCUCUGAGCUUCUGCUCAGUUGUGCCACCGAGUCCCUGGAAUGGCCUCUGCAAGUGACAGUCACUUGCUCUCUCUGCACCUCAGUAUUGCCACCCUGGAGCUGGAAUUUUGGAGGUGAAUACUUCAGAUACAAAGGUAUCCCUUUUCCUGUCGGCAUGUACUCACCGGAGAGCCUCAGUCUGGCUGAGAACACUAGCAACGUGCGGGACGACGACAUCUUCAUUGUCACCUACCCCAAAUCAGGUACCAACUGGAUGAUUGAGAUCGUCUGCUUAAUCCUGAAAGAUGGGGAUCCCUCGUGGAUCCGAUCGGAGCCCAUCUGGCAACGUGCGCCCUGGUGCGAGACCAUCAUAAGCGCCUUCAAUGUCUUAGACCGGCCCAGCCCCCGCAUUAUGAGCUCUCACCUCCCUAUUGAACUCUUCACGAAGGCAUUCUUCAGCUCCAAGGCUAAGGUGAUUUACGUGGGCCGGAACCCCCGCGAUGUCGUGGUCUCCCUCUAUUAUUAUUCUAAGAUUGCUGGGCAAUUAAAGGACCCUGGUACACCCGACCAGUUCCUUCAAAAUUUCCUCAAAGGAGAAGUGCAGUUUGGCUCCUGGUUUGACCACAUCAAGGGCUGGAUCCGGAUGCAGAACCAAGAGAACUUCCUGUUUAUCACCUAUGAGGAGCUGCAGCAGGACCUGCGAGGCUCCGUGCAACGCAUCUGUGAGUUCCUGGGCCGGCCACUGGGUGAAGAGGCCCUGAGCUCUGUGGUGGCCCACUCAGCCUUUGCUGCCAUGAAGGCCAAUACCAUGUCCAACUACUCGCUGCUGCCGGCCAGCCUGCUGGACCACCGCCAGGGGGAGUUCCUGCGCAAAGGGAUCAGUGGCGACUGGAAGAACCACUUCACUGUGGCCCAGAGUGAGGCUUUUGACAGUGUUUACCGAGAGCAAAUGCACGGGGUGCAGAGGUUCCCCUGGGACACGUCUGAAGAGGAUAGCAGCCCUGAUGGCCAGCCUGACCCUGAGCCCAGCCCCAGCCCAGCUUCUGAUGACCCCAACCCAGGAUCCUCACAAUAAACUUAUCACUCCAACCACU